UGGUGCUUCAGGUUAAGAACAGUUUCAGGUUAAGUACGGACCUGCGGAGUGAAUUAAGUACUUAACCCGAGGUUCCACUGUACCAAGAAUACUGGCAAUUGCUUUCCUGAACUGUCUCAUUAACAAUAAGAAUAAUCAAUCAAUCCUCUUCAAAACAUAUAUUAACAUAGGUAGACCACAUGUCCCAACAAGAUAUCCAAAUGACCAGAUAAGAUACACAUUCAGUCAUAGAAAGGGCAAUGAGAUCUUCAGACCACUGAGUAAUGCAUGGUGAGUGUUUAUCCUUCCAGCAUACCUCUCUGCAACUGUAAGGGCUCACAGGAUUAACUUUUGUUGCCUAUCUGAUAGUCCUCACAUCAUAGGAAUAUAAUUGUGUAUGGUCAUUCACAAGUAUCAAGAAUUUUUCCAAAACUGUCAAUAUGAACAACAAUUUCUGUCCAAACAGAAGACACCACAGGACAUCCCCACAAGAGGCAUUAUAAGUAUUACAUUGCCAGCAUCUAUCUGAACUGCUCUGUUCUUUCCUAUAAAGGUGCUAUGGAGCCCAAAACAUAUCUCAUCAUAUUAGAACCCAGUGGCGUUAUCCCAUAAAGCUCAAUGCUGGAAGAUUCAGGACAGACAAAAGGAGCUUUAUCCUGCCAAGAGGUGACCGAAGAUGACUUCCUGGAUGCAAGCUGCUUGUUGGAGGUCCUGAGGAUGUACAGGUGGCAGAUCUCCUCUUUCGAAGAGCAGGAUGCUCACGAGCUGUUCCAUGUCCUCACCUCCUCGCUGGAAGAUGAAUGGGACCGCCAGCUGCGGGUUGUGCAUCUGUUUGAUGUGCAUUCUCUGGAGGUGAGCACUCAAGAGACACGGGGGCUGCAAAGCAACCUUUCCUAUAGGCAAGGUUGCAGCAUUUGGGACUUUUCAUCUAGAGAAAAGAAGCCAGAAAUUCUACAAAAGCAAAUAUGCUCCAGGACAAGAGGGCCUCCUCCUCCUCCUGUGUUGAGUCACUGGAAGCUGCAGCAUCCUUUUCAUGGCAGGUUAACGAGCAACAUGGUCUGCAAGCAUUGCAAACACCAGAGUCCCCUCAGAUACGACACUUUUGACAGCCUUUCCCUGAGCAUCCCUGCCACCAUGUGGGGCCACCCACUGACCCUGGACCAGUGCCUCCACCACUUCAUCUCCACCGAGUCAGUCAAGGACGUCUUGUGUGACAAUUGCACAAAAAUUCAGGCCAAAGAAGGGACAGGGCACAUCAUGGAGAACCAGAGAACAACAUUUGUCAAACAGCUAAAACUGGGGAAGCUACCUCAGUGUCUCUGUAUCCACCUGCAAAGGCUGAGCUGGUCCAACCAUGGCAUGCCCCUGAAACGAAACGAGCAUGUGCAAUUUGGCGAGUUCCUCAUCAUGGAUGUCUACAAGCACCGCUUCCCUGCCCAGAAACCCAACCCUGCAGGCAGCCCACAGGCAUCACCGGACCCAAAAGCCGAUGCGGAACAGGCGGGCAACAACAAAUCCUCUUUUAUGAAUGGUACCUGCUCUCCAUCCUUCCUUACAUCCCCAGUAGCUUUCCCCUACAUGACAGCACCUGACUGUAGUUCUCCAUCAUAUCUGUACCGCCUGAUGGCCGUUGUGGUCCACCAUGGGGACAUGCACUCAGGACACUUUGUCACGUAUCGCCGAUCUCCACCGACUUGCAAAAGCAUGCUAGCCACCAGCAACCAGUGGUUGUGGAUUUCAGAUGAUGUGGUGCACAAGACCACGUUGCAGGAAGUCCUUUCGUCCAGCGCCUAUUUACUCUUUUACGAACGUGUCCACUCUAGACGGCAGCGCCAAAGCCAGGAGCAUCGAGCUGAGGAGUGAAAUGAAUGCAGAUCCAGCUGGUGUGCUUUUCUGAGGACAAUGGCACACCCUCUGUCUUGCCAUGCAAACGUCUUCCCCUACCUAUACACUCCUGGUCAGUGGUCUGUGUUUGCGUGGCAGGAACAAGCACUUUGUAUCAAAACAUUGUGCGCUCCCCUCACCCCGUGGCCAUGCACAGCAGCAUUAGAAAAGUGUGUUUUAAGUGUUAAUAAUCUUCUCAGCAGACUUAAAGACCUUCUAGCAUCCCACUUCCUGUGUUGUGAUGGAAUUUCUUUGCGCAAAUCAGUCAGAUGAGCAGUUGCA